AUGUCGAAAAGGAUUCGAAUCUACUCUCCGGAGGACCUCAAAAAUCAUACGACAGCCUCCAGCUGCUGGGUCUCUUACAAAGGCAAGGUCUACGACAUCUCUGGAUUCCUGGCAGAUCAUCCCGGAGGCGAGGAUAUCCUUCUUCGUCAUGCCGGACAGCUAGUGGAGGAUGUAAUGGCCGACAAAAAUGAGCAUGUACACUCGGAGGCCGCGUACGAUAUGCUAGACGAGUUUCUAGUUGGAAAAUUAGGCAACGAGGAACACACCUGCAGCGAAGAUUGGGCUGUCACCGACGACUUUCACCCGGAAACCACUGACUCUACGCAGGAUUUCGAAAAGAACGAGUUUUUGGAUCUGCGUCGGCCUUUGCUUGCUCAAGUGUGGUAUGCUAACUUCAGUAAGAGUUUUUAUCUGAAACAGAUCCACCAACCGCGCCAUCUGUCUUAUUCUGCCCGCUUAUUCGGUCCAUCCUAUCUGGAGGUGUUUACGAAAACCGUAUGGUAUGUGGUGCCUAUCUUCUGGCUGCCGAUUGCAACAUACCUCGGUCUGCGGUCGAUUCUGCAAUUCACUACGCCACUACCUUCAGUCUUUGUUAACCCAUACCUUCCGUUGAAUAUGCUUUCCCAAAUUCCUACGGCGUCGUAUGGUAAAUUCGCGGCGUGUUUCUUUACUGGAAACUUUAUUUGGACCAUCCUGGAAUACGUGAUGCAUCGUUUCUUAUUCCAUCUCGAUGAUCAUCUUCCUGACAAGGGUGUGUUCCUUACCAUGCACUUCCUUUUGCAUGGUGUCCAUCACUAUCUCCCUAUGGAUCGCUUGAGGCUUGUCAUGCCGCCUAUCUUAUUUACUGCCCUGCAAUUCCCUUUCACCCAAUUGGCAUAUAAACUCUUUCCAACGCCGAUAGCGAACGGAAUAAUUGCCGGGGCUUUUGCGUUUUACGUGGUUUAUGACUGUAUGCAUUAUGCGCUUCAUCAUACAAACCUUCCAGCAUACUUGAAAGAGCUGAAGCGAUACCAUCUUGGGCACCAUUACAAAAAUUACGAGUUGGCGUUUGGUGUAACAAGCAAAUUCUGGGACUAUGUUUUCGGCACGGUCCUGCCACUCUGA